AUGUCGGACUCUGUAGAUCGGGUCUUCGUUCAUGCCCUCAACACCGUUAAGAGAAUACCCCGGAGCGGCACCGCCAGACCCCCGUCCGCCGAGCGGCUUAAGCUUUAUGGCUUGUAUAAACAGAGCAUGGAGGGGGAUGUCGAAGGCGUCAUGGACCGACCGAUAGGCAAUACACCCGAAGUGCACUCCGAGUGCGAGAAGUGGGAUGCAUGGUACGCGCAGCGCGACCUCUCGCGCACCGAAGCAAAACGCCGAUACAUAUCCACGCUAAUCGACACAAUGCACCAAUACGCAUCGCACACCUCCGAAGCCCGCGAACUCGUCGCCGAACUCGAGUUCGUCUGGGACCAGAUCAAAUUCAACGUCUCCUCUUCCUCCUCCUCAAGUCCCCUCAACACAGUAGGCGUUCCGCCUCUAUCGCGCAGCGCGUAUGGGAGUAUCGGUGGUCGAUUAGCGGAUGAAUACGAACGGCCGCUUCGCGAUAGUCGGGACUCGCGAUUACGGGUCUUGAGUCCGGUUAGCCAGCCUGAAGAUCGAAGUGAUAUUGAUCAGGAAGAUGAGGAUGAAGACGAAUUCGAAGAAGCUCGUGAUAGUCUGUACGAGCAGGACGAGGCGGAUAAUAGUACGACUACACAUACUGACGUCUCGCCGAAACAUACUCGUCGUCCGACUUUGGGGAGUAUAGCCAGUAGUGGUGCUGGCCUGCGGUCUCAUUCGAAUGCUCAUUCGAAUUCACAUUCUGGGCUUCCUGGGCCGAAAGAUGGGCGAUGGCGUCGGCGUGUCGAGCAAGCUCUUACGAAGAUGACGGCGGAGAUUGCGGCUGUGCGUGAGCAGAUGGAGACGCGGAGUGUUGCGCAGCGACGUCGAAAUGGCCUUUGGGCUUGGGUGAAGUGGAUGGUUUGGGUUGCUGUUAGGCAGAUCCUGGUCGAUAUUGCUAUGCUGGGCAUGCUAUUGAUCUGGAUGCGCAUUCGGGGGGAUCGGAGGGUUGAAGACCGUCUGAAGACCGGAUGGGCUGCUGUUAAAGCCAGGUUGGGGCGAGUCAGGGGGAUUGGUUUCAGAAGGGUGGAUUUGCCUAUCUUGCCUUGA